AUGAAUUUCUUCUCUUCAAAUGGCUUCUUCGUCGGUUCCUCCGCCAUAGCCACGCUUGCAAAUCUGUCGCAGAACCCAUCCACCUUUGAGAUUGCCGAAAUGCAGGCCAUGGCAUUCCUCCAAGUCAACAGCAUCCUCGUCACCUUCUUCUGUAUGGUCGUCGCGCAGCCAAUGUCACGUUGGGCCGCGCGAGUGCUACUCUAUUUUGCCGUGUUUGUCCUCGUGAUCGUCGCCCUAGGCAAAAGCAACCUAGGUAGUGACAGUAGGGCAAACUGGAGACUUGCCUCUGACGGCUGCGCACACAGUUCAACGGACUACAGCGUCAUCAACCCAGUUCCAUAUCCAUCAUGGACUGUCGCUAUCUUUGCUGUUGCGGGUACAGCCGCGUUCUGGUUACAAUCUCUCAAGGAGAAAUUCCAGGCGGACAAGGUGCACAGGUCGAUGUUCAGGGUGAUGAUGCUAUUUUGGAUCUUGUUGACUGGAGUCUUGACUGCGUGCAUGAUUCUCGGCCUCACGAUGAUGUGGCGACAACGAAAGCAUCUGCGAAGUGUCGCGAGAGACCAAUUUGAAGAUGACCAGUGGGGAUUCGGGCAGAUUGCUGCCCUGACAAUUUGGGCCCCGAUACCCGUUGAAUUGCUUUAUAUUCUAAAUGGUGAGGAAAUCGUACUUCUUAGUGACAUUUGA